AUGUUUGUUCGGAAUAUCUCGACGUCGGUCAGUCCUGUUCCGAUUUCUGGCGCCGACUUGCGUGCUCCUCCAAAAAGUGCUCCAAACGUUGUUGGAGACACUCGGCCAUAUUAUUGUCGGCGUCUCGCCGUCUUGUCUGCUCUUUCGCCGAUUUUUCCACUUCACGCGUGCUGGCGCGCAUUGUCAGCCGCUUGCGACUGUCCGACAAUCUCCCGCGGGCAGUGGAGAGAGCCGAAGUCAAGCAUAAUAGGCAAGAACAACAUGUUUUGUGUUUCGUAUGCAGAACCAGUUAAGCCUCAAUUCCAAUUCAAUGAGAAACAAGAAGAGAUUUAUUCAUCGUUGCGAAAAGUUCGUAACAACAACGACGAGAUGAUGAAGCUGACACCGGAAAAGCAUGUCACCAUGAUUCCAUUGGGAAGUCCACGUGAACUGCUAAAAGAGAAGACGGUGAACGGGACGAUGAUUCGAGUGACACCAAGUGUUCAAGGACCACCACCACCAAGAGGGCCCAUGACUGAGCUCGUUCCAAAAAUGAGGCCGAAACCAGCAGCCGCCCCCUCAUUCACUUCGGAUCCGAUUAAGACAAAACCGGAAGAAAAACGAGACUUUGAGGGUUGGUCCGGUCGAUUUAUGGAGGGACGAGUAUUGAAUGGUGAAGCACGUGGGGGAACGAAUGCAGUUCGAGGUUAUUGGGAACGCAAUAUUCAAAUGGAACAACGCAUUCGGGCAGAAGAAGAACGUCGAAAACGUCCGAAAGGUUACGGAUUUCCAAAAUGGCGAUCAACCGAUGCUUUAUCUGCGUCUCUCGUCGCGUCGAACAACGUGCAAAUACCGGUGGACAGUCGGAUUCCGGAAGAGCGCCUCCGAAAAAUGGAGGAGACCGAGCGCGAGGCCGUCGAAAUCAAGAAAGAAAUUCAAGAGGAAGCUGAGAUUCUUUCCGGUAACAAUCGCAAGUUGUCAAAAGGGAAAAGUCUCGAUAGCUUGAAUAUGCAAGUAGAAACCAAGCAAUGGUACGACGCCGAGAAGAUCAAAUCAGCCGUAUCGCGCGAAUCUAUUGCCAAUAUUGCGUUGUCACGUGAAUUCUUUGAAAAUGCUUCACAAAGAGACUGGAGAUCCUCGGCAAAUAGUCGACGAGAUUCGAUCUGUUCAUUGAGUAUUAUGUCAGUAGCUCCUCCUCUACCUCCGAAGUCCGAUGCCAUUCAAAUUCGGCAAGCUGCUGCAACUGGACUCCGAUCACGCCAUGAUUCGUAUUCGAUUCCAUAUCAACCGCAUCAGCCACUCACCAUUUCAAGCAAUUAUGACGUUCAACAGCCAACUCCACCAGCUUCGCAACAACAAAUGCAACUAAAUCAGCAUCAGCAACAGAAUAUUCCGCAAAAUCACAUUCAGAGCAAUCGCUAUGAACCGCAACAACAACUUCCCCAACAAACCUCGAUCAACCGACUUUUGCAACAGGAUUCGCCUCAAACUGCUGAUCCGAUCGAGCAACAAGAAGUGCUCUUAAUGCUGUACCUAAAACAGAAUAUGGACAUCGUCCAAGGUCUUGGAAUUCAUAUUCCGCAAGAAUUGCUAGCUGAGAUGGAAGAUUUGCAAAUGCUGCCUGUUGAGUUGAGAAUCUGCGAAGAAGAGCCGCUCAGGAUGUUCAGCCCAGUCAUGAAAAACGGAAGAUAUCAGCGAAAACCUCAACCGCCAGUAAAUGCGGCAAAACAAGGAUUCGGAUCCAAAUACAUCACCAAGAAAGUCGAUGCUAGACAGGCUUAUUCAAACCAUCUUCUCACCGACGUUCGAAGAGAUGUUCAGUCUUACGGAUAUCGCAACUAA